AUGCAAGUUGCACAGCAUCGAGCAGUGCCUAUACGGCAAGAACAAACAACAAUUCAUUGGCCAACAGAAGCAAUGUCUCCAAGAUCAACAACAACUGUACCAAAUCGAAUUUAUCAACCAUUAAAUUUUUCUAUAGAUGAUCGUUUAUCCGAACAACAUCUAACACGUCUUGAUUUAUGUUCAAAAAAUUUAAAAAAGAUUGAAAAAUUACAAAAUAAUAUUAGUUUUAAUGUUGUUUUACUUGAUCAUAAUGAUAUAUCAAAAGUUGAACAUCUAGAUGUUCUCACACAUCUUAUUCAAUUAUCAAUUUCACAUAAUCGAUUAAUUGAUAUUCGUUUAAUCAGUCGUCUAAAAACAUUACAAAAAUUAAAUCUAUCUCAUAAUUCUCUUGAUUCAAUUGAUUGUCUAAGAACGCUACAAAAUCUUGUUAUGCUUAAUAUAGCUGGCAAUAAUAUUCAGAAUAUCAAUGCUUUAAAUGCUUGUCAUUCAUUACAAUCAUUAGAUGCUAGUGAUAAUGCUAUUCGACAAAUAGAAGAUCUUACACAUAUAACAUCUCUUAAAUAUUUAAAUCUGCAUAAAAAUCUUAUCGAUACAUUAUCAUCAGCACCUCGAUAUUGGCCAAAAUCACUUCAUACAAUUGUUAUAUCCGACAACGAAAUAAAAGAUUUAACUGAAAUUUAUCAUCUAACAUCGUUCAUCGAUUUAAAUGCAUUAUAUAUUCAUGAUAAUCCAUGUUUAUUUGUAAUUAAUGAUCGACAUGGUUAUCAUCAACCAUUUGAUUAUCGUCCAUAUAUACUUAAUUGGUGUUUAUCAGUUCAGAAUUUAGAUGGAACUUUUAUAACAAGAAAAGAAAGUUUAAAAGCUGAAUGGUUAUUAAGUCAAGGUAAAGGACGAUCAUUUCGACCUGGAGAUCAUUAUGAACUUAUUCAAUAUUUAAUUAAAGUUUGUGGAACAGAUGCUGAUGAAAGAGACGAUCUUCAUCUAUCACGUAUUAUGUUUCAACAAGAUUUGUAUAGACAUCAUAGUGAUGCAGAAGAAACUUCAAUGAAAACAUCAGAUACAAUGAAAGAUGCAAAUGAAACACUAUCGAAAGAUCAACAAACAAAAUUACAACAAAGUUUACUUAUAUCUGAAUCUGAAUUUCUUAAAGUGAGUCCAGCAUCAUCUGUUUCAACAAUAAAUGAACCGAUAACAAUAUCUGAACAUCGUAAAAAUUCUAUUCCAAAUUCGGAAUCACAAUUACGAACACCAAGUCCAAGAUAUAUUCGUUCCAUUAGUCAUAAUGAUGAACAAAUAAGUGACUAUAGUGCACAUAAUCGUUAUAGUGAUUAUGAUAAUCGACCUAUCAAACCACUCGAUAAAAAUAUGCUUCAAUCAAAAUUAAAUCAAUAUCCAAUAGAGAAUCAGCCUCAUGAUGAUACGAGUGUUUCUCGAACACGAGCCACUACCAAUCCUCAACAACCUAAACGAACAUCAACUCAUUUAGCUUAUAAUGCUAAUAGAUAUUCACCGAAAACAACAGCUCGUGGACCAGUUGUAUCAACAGCAAUGCAAGUUCAUAUGCGUCCAAAUACGAAUAAAAAUCUUUCCACACAACAACAAGAUCGAAAAAAACGUCAUACAAUAGCUGCUGAUACAUUUCAUUUAGGAAAUCAUAUACAACGUAAAGCAUCACCAGUUAAAGCUAGACAUGAGCAACGAAUUAUUUCAAAUGAAAAUAAAAAUAUAACAGAUGAUGACGAUGAUGAAUUGCAAUUAAAAUCAGCUCCUGUUAAUGCAUUACUAUCAACACAAAAUACAACAGCUAAUCGAGAAAAUACAAAUGAUUUAAGAAAAUUAACUACAUCAAUUGAAACAGUAAGAACAUCAGUUCUUCAAGCAUAUCUUAAUUUACAUGAACGAUUUACAAAAACAACAGAAUUACAAACAUCUGCAUUAACUACACUUUGGAAAAAGUUUGAAAGUCAAAAUAUAACGCAUCAACGUGAAACUGAAAAAUUACUUGAAGAAAAUCGUUUACUCAAUCAACGCUUACGUGAUCUUGAAUCACCUAUGAUUAAUCAUUCGGUGUUGCCAAACAGCUCUCAAAGUUCACCAUUAACACAACGAGCAAUGAUUGAUAAUGAAAUAAAUAUAAGUUUAGCAAAUGGAAGACCUAAUUUUUAUCAACGAUAUACACCUGAUUUUUCUAAAAAAUUUCGUGAUAUGUUUCAUCGUUCAACAAAAAAUAAACCUUUAAACAUUGAAAAAGAAAUGAAUAAUUUAUCAAAAACAUUAAUUAUGGCCAGUGAAACAACUGAAACAUUAGUCGAUGUUCCCAAACGUUCACAUAGUGAAGAUUUAUGUUUGUUUUCUGAGAGUCCACAUUAUAUUGUUCGGAUUGCCGGAACUGGUAAUGUUGAAGAAUUUGAGCGAAUGGUUCGUGAUGAUCCAAGCAAAUUAAAAGUGGCCAAUCCAGCUGGCCUUUGUGCAGCACAUAAUGCAGCUGCUCGAAAUCGGGUUGCAAUUUUAGCAUUAAUUGCGCAAUAUAAAGGAGAUUUAAAUAUUGAAGAUAAAGAUGGUUGGACACCAUUACAUCACGCAGUACGAAAUAAUGCAAUCAAAUCAAUAGAAUUUCUUUUGGAUAAUGGAGUUGAUGAUAGUCGAUUAACUAAACAACGUGAUGCUCCUGUCCAUAUCGCUGUUAUUCAUAAUCAAUUAAAAGCUCUUGAAUUUCUUUUAUCUAAACGUCCAGAACAUGUUAAUCUGCCCGGUGAAAGAGGUAAAACACCAUUACACUGCGCUGCUCUAAUCGAUAAUGUUGAUGCUGCAAAAAUUUUAACGAAUCAUAAUGCUCGUCUUUGUCACAAAGAUGAUGUUGGAAAUUAUCCUAUUCAUGUAGCUGCAUUGAAUAGUAGUAAUCGAGUUUUCAAUCAUUUAUUUGAAAUUGCUAAAUCAUUGGGUUAUAAAACGGAUACUCUAUUAAAUUUUUGUGAUGCGGAAAAUCAUCGACCAUUACAUUCAUCUGUUAUUGGAGGAAAUAUUGAAGCAGUUGAAACUUGUUUAAGAAUUGGGGGUAAAAUUGAUGAUCAACAAGAUGAUUUAUCAACACCAGUUCAUCUAGCAGCAUCUCAAGGUUCAAUUGAGAUUCUUAAACUCAUGUUUAAUUCGCAAUCAGAACUCAGAUCUAGGGUUGUUCGUAUGACUGAUGUUCAAGGCAUGACACCAUUACAUAAGGCAGCCAUGGGUGAUCAUGUUGAUGUUAUAGAAUAUUUACUUGAAACUGGAGCAGAUAUUGAUGCACGUGAUAUAUUAAAACGAACACCACUUUUAGUUGCUGCUUUAAAAUCAUCUGUAGAAGCUGUUUGUUUUCUUCUAUCACAAAAUGCUUCAUUAAGCUAUCGAGAUGAUGCCGAUAGAAAUUUACUUCAUUUUACUAUCAUACAAAAUUUACCAAUUGAAACAAUUGGUAAAGUAUUAUUUACUCGAGAAAAUUAUCGUUCAUUAUUUGAUCAACGUGAUACUGAUGGAUUUUAUCCAAUACAUUAUGCAUCACGUGAAGGACAAGUCAAUGUAUUAACAACAUUGAUAAGUCAUGGAGCAGAAAUCAAUAAAAAAACAAAUCAACGACAAUCAUCAUUACAUUUUGCUGCUGAAUUUGGCCGAUAUAAUACAUGUCGUCAGUUAUUAGAUACAUCUGGUUUUAAACGUAUUCUGAAUGAACCCGACAAAUCAGGUUACACACCACUACAUCUUUGUUGUCAAAAUGGUCAUACACGUGUUGUUCAAUUACUUUUACAUAAAGGAGCUCAAUUUACAAAAAGUUAUGAAGGUAAUUCACCAUUACAUGAAGCAGCUGCACAUGGACAUGUUUCAACCGUGAAUACGAUUCUACAAGCUCAUGCUCAUUUAAUUAAUUCAGCAAAUCGUCUUGGAAUGACACCGUUGCAUUUAGCUGCUGCAGCUGGUUAUGUUGAUUGUGUAGAUUUACUUGUUUCAAAAUCGGCACAAUUUUUAACAAAUACUGAUGGUGAAACAUUUGUUGAUCUUGCAAUAUCACGAAAACAAAAAGAUGUUUGUCUUACACUUAUUGCUCAUGAUCGAUGGAAAGAAGCAUUAGAUUUAAAAAGUACUAAAUAUCAAACACCAUUACUUGGUUUAAUUGAACAUUUACCAGAAUGUGUACCAGUUUUAUUUGAUCGAUGUAUAACUCAUAGUCAUGAUGAUAGAAAACAUAAAGAAUUUCAUCUUGUCUAUGAUUUUCAUUAUAUUAAUUGGAUGGAUACGAAAAAAAUCGAUGGAAAAGAAUAUCGUUAUCCAAUGCUUCCACUUAAUAUGAUGGUUAAAUUUGGUCGUACAAAUCAUUUAAGCCAUCCAUUAUGUGAAACAUUACUUCGUCAAAAAUGGCUUUCUUUUGGUUUUCCAAUUUAUAUUUUAAAUUUAAGUUUUUAUCUCUUUUUUCUUGUUCUUCUUUCUUACUUUAUCAUUACAUUUCCUGCAUGUAAUCAUCAUGAUCGAACAAAUUCCAUUAGUCACGAACAAUUUUGUUCGAAAACUACUUUUACAUCAUUUAAUAAUAGUGCAACAAACGUACAAAUUGCUUGUAUUUGGUAUAUUGUUCUAUAUUGUUUUUUAAAUUUUAUUUUGGAAAUUGUUCAACUAACACAAGAUGGUUAUGAAUAUUUUUAUGAUAUGGAAAAUUAUGUACAAUGGACAUUAUAUAUAACAACAUGUAUAUUUACUUUACCAUUUUUAUUUGAUCAAUCAUGGCAUUAUCAAUGGGUUGCGGGUGCAAUUAGUAUAUUUACAGCUUAUUUAGCACUUUUAUUUCAACUUGGUCGAUUUGAUAUUUAUGGAAUAUAUGUUAUUAUGUUUUUAGAAAUUAUGAAAACAUUAUUACAUGUUUUAUCAUUAUUUUCAAUCUUAAUAUUUGGUUUUGCAUUAACAUUUUGUGUUACAAGACCAUUUUCUCAAGAUCUUGAUCCAUCAAAUCCACAACAAUUUUUUAUGAUUGUACUUAAAACUAUAACAAUGAUGUUAGGUGAACUAGAUUAUGAACGUUCAUAUUUGGAUAAUGCUCAUGAUCAACAUUUUAAUAUUACUAAUUUAAUUGUAUUACUUCUGUUUGCUAUUAUAAUGCCAAUUCUUUUAAUGAAUUUACUUGUUGGUUUAGCUAUUGGUGAUCUAAUGCAAAUUCAACAAAAUGCUCGUUUAAAACGUCUUGCUACUCAAGUUCAACUUCAUACAAAUCUUGAAAAGAAAUUACCCGAUAAAUUAAUACAACGUUGGACAAAAAAUGAAAUUAUUGUAUAUCUUAAUAAAGGUGUUUGUACUCGAGCUUCGACAAUACUUAAACACUGGAUUGCUAAACCUGUGAAUACACAUGAUGUAUUAGAAGCAAGUGAUGAAUCUGGAACUGAAAGUGCAUUAUUUGUAGAAUUAUAUAAACAAAAACGAAGACAAAAAGAUAUGCAACGUCAAUUAGAAAAAAUUACUGAUCUUAUUCGAUUAGUUGUUCAAAAAAUGGAUAUUCAUACUGAAGCAGAAGGUGAUGAAACAAAAAGUGGUAAACAUGAAAAUUUCAUGAAAAUGCAAAGAAUUCGUCAAACACUUAAUGCUGCACGUCGAUUUUCUCGUGCACCAUCAUCAAAUGGAAGUAUUCCACAUUUAUUUGAACAUCCUGAAAAAGCCUAA